GGUAGACGAGCCUGUUGGAUGAAGCUGUCAGCGCAGAAGGAUUUCAACGUGUGCUGUUAUCAUCUCUGACCUCUUCAUCAUGAAGUUAAUUCUGGUUUUACAGCGUUUGCUGCUGUUCAUUUCAGUCCUGGGACCGACCAGGGCACAAUCAACUACUCAAACAACACUGGCAGCAACCACCACAGUUCCAUCAGAAAACACCCCAUUGGAAAGCACCACAGCUCCAUCAGUUAUUGCAAUGAGUUCUGCACAGCCAUGGACAGUACCAGAAAUAUUCUAUUCAUUCGGCUCGGCUGAAGGAGACACUGAACACAUUGUUAAUUUCGAUGAAAGCUCAUAUCCUGUUGCUCUUUCAUCCCCAUUUACGUUCUUUGGCCACACAUACAACAGCUUAUAUGUUAUUUAUAAUGGACUCCUGACAUUCACAAUAACAUCAACAUCAGGCCCUAACUAUAGUCCCUUCAGAGGACGUGAAGAUUUCAUUGCUGCGCUCUGGAAUGACUAUGAUGAUUAUUACACUGGCGUUUUGUCAUAUCAGCAGUACACUAAUGGUAGUGUGCUCGACCGCGCCACUCAGGAUAUAAACCAGCAUUUCUCUGCAGUGAACUUCAGAGCUUCCUGGGUCUUUGUUGCCACUUGGAGGUACAAUCUACAGCCAAAUCCGGCAAUCCUGUUCCAAGUGGUUUUAAUUUCAGGUGGUAAUUGGUCUUUCUUUCUGAUGAAUUAUGGAGACUGUGCUUUCUUAUAUGAAGCAGUGGAGGCUGGAUAUGACACAAUAAACUCAGUAAGCAAGUUUGUAAUUCCUGAUUCAACAAAUGGCAACUACCGAAACCUCAAGAACACGACUAAUGUAAACGUUCCUGGUCGCUGGGCCUUCAUCUCAAACAAAGGAUUAGAAAAUAUCAUAGGAACCCAAUUUAAGCUCACGUCGUUUUUAGACCUGACACAGAGUGAUAACCUGGAGGCUGUUCUGCAGCAAAUAAAACAAGUACUGGUCAGCCGUGGGCUGUCAGGUAACUUCGAGAUACAGAAAAGAUCUGUCAAAGAGGUGCAGCCGUAAUGAGAAAAUGAAACCUCUGAAAGUCACAUGAGGAAAACCAUUGAAUUUAACCACCCUUCAGCUUUCUAACAUACUUUAUUUAUGUAGCAUAUUCUCACGCAAUUAUGUACACAAAAAAUGAAUUAUAAUCAAACUAAUAUAUACAGUAUUCAUUUAUCUUAAUUAGUAAUCAAUGAUUUUCUAAUGCAGUCUCAAGGCAAUGUGUAACGUUUUGAUUUAGUGGCUAAUUCAUAUUCAUUUGUAUUAUUUCAUUCAUACCUUUUAGUAUGAUUUGCUCAUACUUCAAUAAGGGGUAGGUUUAGGGGUGGGGUUUGGGGGCACACAUACUUUUCAUAUGUACUUAUUCAUAUGAAUGAAAUCCCAUGAGUUUGCACAAAUUAGCCACUUUAAGUUGCUGAGUUCCUUGUAAGAAGGCUCUUUUUUCUGAUUAUCAUCAUUCUUGUUUUAUGAAAUGUUUAGACGUGCAUCUUAAUUUAAAACAGAAACGAUAGAAGAAAUAUGUCAACUAAAUAAAAAAACAGGUUUAUAGUGUCUAAACUUUGUUAUUUUGCAGUGCUGGUUAACAUCUUUGUCAUGGAACUUCAGUCAUCUCUUUUAGGACAUUAUUAAUGUAAUAGAGAUUUAACUUAACUUUAAAUAAGUUUGAUGUUGUCUAUUCAGUGCACACAAGAAAACAAAACUACAUUUUUGAUUGAUUUAGAUUUACACAAGAAGAUAUGUUUUUUAAUGGGUAAAAAUGAGCAAUCCAUUUCUUUUACAUCGUACAUAUUUUGCACGCAGAUACACAAGUAGAUGUCUUAAUCUUGUUUUUAUUUCAAAUUGUUGUUUAAAUGUUUUUUUUACUGUACUUUGCUUAUUG